UACAAUCUGUUAAGUUAUAUUGGUAGAGCAAGGGGGGGAGAGCGGCCAGGUUUUCUUUCUCGUUGUUACACUAAAAAUUGGGAACAUAUUCGUCACCUCCUCGGCGCCAAUUUAUCUUGUGUUGCAGUGAUUUCUAUUCAACUCCUUCACAACCAAACUUGGAAGGGAGAUACUGCAGUUUGUGAAAACGUAGUGAAAGGCAAGCUCAUGACAGAAGUAAUGCAGGCAAUGGAAGUUAAAGAGGGACCGAGGAAUAGGAAAGGAGGAAACAAGAAAGCUAAAAAGACAAAGAAAAAACAAAAAAUGAUGCCUCAAGGUGUUCAAAAGAAGGUGAAUAUUGACAAGAGAAUGAAAAAAUUGUUUCAGAAAAGAGCGAGGGAGUACAAUUCAGAUGAUGAUGAUGUGGAGGAGGAGGAGGAGAAGCUUGAGCAGUCUGUACCUUCGACUCGAGAAAAGUUUAAGAAAGAUGAAUCUGAAAGGGAAUUUUCUGAUGAUGAUGUUGGAGCGGAGGAUAAUGGGGCUGAAGAAAAUGAUGUUUCAGAAGAUGAAGAUGGGAAAAUUCAGCCGGGAAUCAUGAAGUUUACAGAGGGUAUAAAAGCAUUUAGUGUCGCAUUCAAGAAAAUCGUAAAAAAGACUACUUCCAGUGAUGUAUUGGGCCCUGUAUUAUCUGCCAAUAAGAAGCUUCUAGCAGAGAAGCUUAUCGAAGAAGAAUUGGAGCGGAAGGAUAAGGGGGAAGCGAAGAAGGAGAAGCACUCGGUCAGAGAGAAGGGCCACGUGAAACCUGCCAACUAUUUGGACUCUCAUGAGAAGUAUCUAUUAGGAAUUGCAACUAAAGGAGUGGUCAAGUUGUUUAAUGCUGUAAACAAGGCCCAAAAUGCUCAGAAAGGAUUAAAUCCUUCAAGGUCAAAAGAUGAAAAAGUUUUAAAGAAGCGAAGGAAGGAAGCCUUCUUUUCGGAGUUAGGCAAGGGAGCUUCCCAAUCUGCUGGGACUGUUGCUAAGGUCGGCGCAUCUAGUAGCUCAGUGGAUGGCGAAGGACCUGCAUGGGCCCCUUUGCGUGAUAAUUACAUGUUAACAAAUUCCAAGUUGAAAGAUUGGGAUAAAAUGCAGGACACGACGGCAGGAGAUGACUUUAAUAGGGCAUCAGACUCAGGUUCGUCAUCGGAUGAUGAAUAAUCUUGAAAAUUAGGAUGCUAAAUGGAUUGGUUGGAGCUGGAAAUGAAACUUCCGAGAUAAUUAAAAGCACCUGUGAUCUGUUUCCCCAUGAGCCGUAGGGGAGAAAAACUUUGUGCUAUCCUCUGUAAUGUGCCAGGCAAUCCUUUCC